AUGGCGACGUUACCAUCAUCAAUGACAGUGUCAUCAUCACGAACGGCAACAACACCAUUAACAACAGCUGCGAUCACAACUCAACAAUUAGGAACUUGGACAACUACUGGUAGCAUGAAUAGUCCACGAUCCGAGCACACAGCAUUCGUAUUAACAAAUGAAAAAGUGGUAGUUACUGGUGGAGGAAAUUUUAUUGAUUUGUUUAGUAGUGUCGAAUUAUAUGAUCCAUCAACAGAAACUUGGACAACUCCUGGUAGCAUGAACAAUUCACGAACUCGGCACACACUGACCUCAUUAACAAAUGGAAAAGUGUUAAUUCAUGACGAAUGGUCAAAUGGUAGUGUGGUUCAAAUAGAGCAGAAAUAUAUUAAACAUUUCAAAAAAGCAAACACGACAAGCAGUUUUUGAUGUUUCAUACCACUAUUCUUGUUUGCGACCAUUAUCCCUCAAAGCCCGACUAUCUUAAUAGUUGUUCAGAAUUUCAUGCUGCACUUCUGAUGAUUUUCUAUGGAAUUUAUUUUUCCAACUAUUCUCAUAACAAAUUACGCAAAUUUUCUACAGCGGUU